GCUCCUUCAACUCACAAAUUAGGUACAUUAUAUGUGGUUGACUCAAUUGUGAGAGGAUUCUUGGAAGAAGCCAGAAAGGAAAAUCAAGAAAUUAGUUCUCUGGCACCAGAAGGCACCUUCGGAUCGGCAGUUUUCAAGAUUAGUGAAUUAAUUGAAUCAUUAGUUGAUGAUGCAUUAGAAUUGCUGAUUAGUUCAUCUCAAAAUAUCAAAAUCAGUAAGUUGGUAGAUAUUUGGGAAAGAGGCAGUACAUUUUCUCCUGAUAUUAUCAAGAGAAUUAGAGAUAAGCAUUUUGCAUCUACUACCCCACCAGGUACACCUCCAAGACGGAAAGUUGAACCAGUGAAACCAGCAGACGAUGGUGCUGCCAAAGACUCUACUAGUAUUUUACUGGCUCUUGCAUCAUUAGCAAAAUCUAAUUCUGCAUCUAACACGCCACAAAGUCAAAAUACUGCCUUGAAUAAUGAUGCUAGUAAUAUCUUGUCCCAAUUAUCUGCUCUUAGUGGUCCACCAGCAAGUUCUACUGUUUCAUCAGCAGCCCCACCUAAUCUUCCUCAGCCUCCUGUCAACUACCAACAAAGACCACCUCAUAGUGCACCACCAACUGCUAAUAACGAACAAGUGAUUUUCAACAUGUUGCAACAAAUGCAAAAUGGUGGUCAAGCUCCUCCUCCACAACCACAAAUCAAUGAUUAUAGCACUGGAAGACGUAGCCGUGAUACUCAUGAUAAUAACGGUCAUGGUGGUAGAAGAAACAGAUCAAGAUCUCCAAACCGUGGUCCUGCUUCAAAUCAAUACCAAAGAACAAGAUCUCCUCCUCGAUCUCAACCUUAUGGAAACCCACAUUUACCUCCAAAUCCACAUUUGCCUCCAAACCCACUUCAACAAAUUCAACAACAUAGACAACAACAGCAACAACAGCAUCAUCAGCAACAACAACAUCAACCACCACCACCACAACAACAACAACAACAGCAACACCAAGCUCCUCAGCCACAAAAUGGUGGGGAAUUGAAUAUUCCAGGCUCUCAACAUUAUCGCCCAAGAAAUGUCGGCUUUGACCCAACAUUACCACAAGGUUCGCUCAAAGUAUUGUCAAGAACCUUGUUUAUUGGUGGUGUUCCAAGAAAUAUGGAUGAACGUGCUUUGGCAGAUGCUUUAAGACCUUUUGCUGAAGUUCAAUCCGUUAUUUUAAACAGUGAAAGAAAACACGCAUUUAUUAAGGUUUAUUCUAGAAGAGAAGCUGAACAAGUUAUAACCUCCUUUAACAAGGACAAUUCAUUGCCAUUGAGAACUAGAUGGGGUGUUGGUUUUGGACCAAGAGAUUGUUGUAACUAUCAACAUGGUAUUUCCAUCAUUCCAAUCCAAAGAUUAACAGAAGCUGAUAAAUCAUGGGUUGUUCAAGCUCAAUGGGGUGGAACUGGUGGUCAGCCAAUGCUGAGUGGUAUGGUUAUCGAUGAACCUGAUAUUGAAAUUGGUUCUGGUAUUUCUUCCAAAGCCAUGUCCAAGAAAAUGCCAACCAAUUCAGCCAGAAAUGGACCUAAGUCUAACAGACCUGGUGAACCGGAUGAGGAAUAUGUCAAGACUACUUUGCUCCCACAAGACAAUAUCCAAAUGUCUCAUGGUGCUCAACCAGAUUUCAGCAUUUAUCAACAAUCAUCUGUCAAUCCAUUGCAAGGAUUAUUUGGUAAUUCAUCUCCUCAACCUCAACAACCUAAUUUACCUGCCUAUCCACAAACUGGUGGCAUGCAAGCUCCACCUCCAGGAUUUAAUGAUUUUAUGAUGCAACAACAGCAACAAGGUGGUAAUCCAAACCUUGCUGCUUUAGCACAAUUGUUGCAACAGCAACAACAACAGCAACAACAUCGUUGAUUUCAAUAUAUAGUUUAAUAUAGUUCAAACAUUUUGCAAUUUCGU